AGGAGGAGCCUACCAGGCUUAGGUGACAUCCACUGGUACGGCCAUACGAUGAUCAGUGGGCUGAUCUCCACCGGCAUAGCUUCAUUCGAUGAGAGAUCACCACCGCAAGGACACACAGCCUUGGUGACGACCCCGCGUCUUCUAAUACCAUCGCCCAUCUUAUGAUCCAUAUGUCUUGAUCCUACUUCCCACCAUGAUCCCCAGAAAACCACCGAACACGCAAUAAAAAGGCCAAAUUCACACCAGAGCAGUAAAAAGGGGAAAACAGAACAAAACCUAUGACAACCGCAACCCAUCAACAAUGUCGACCUUACCUGUCGAGCUCAUCCUCGCCAUAGCCGAACACCUCCCCUUCAACGCCUUUUUCGCCCUCCUACGCGCCAUCCCCGAGCUCGGCGCCCUCCUCACACACCGCCAUCAAUGGCACAACGCAUCCACAACCGCCCUACACGUCGCCGCCCGCGAAGCCGACCACCGCAUAUGCGCCGCGCUACUCUCCAGCGCGGCCGUCGAUCCUAACAUCCAAACCUCUGACUCCAAACAAACCCCUUUACAUCUCGUCGCGGCAAACGGGUGCGUCCCUAUCGCAAAGGGCCUGCUCGCCCGCGCCGAUAUCGACGUCAACUGUCGGGAUAGCGCCGGUCGCACCCCGCUGUUGAUUGCUUCCAUGAGUGGUCACUGUGCGGUGGUUGCGCUGCUGGCGGCGCGGGACGAUGUCGAUUGUAAUGCGAGGGAUGCGCAUUCGCAGACGCCGCUGUUUUGCGCCGCCUGGGGCGGUCAUGCUGGGAUCGUGCGCAUGCUGGUUGGGUGUGACGGUAUCGAGCUGGACUCGAAGGAUGAUGGUGCGCGCUCGCCGCUGCUUGUCGCUGCUAUGAGUGGGCAUGGGGUUGUGGUACGACUGCUACUACGGAAGGGGGGAGUGGAUGUUAAUGCGAGGGAUGUUAAUGGGUGGACGCCGCUGCUGUGGGCGGCGCGCUUUGGGUGCGACGAGGGGGUCGAGAGGUUGUUGGGGAAGGAGGAGAUUGAUGUUAAUUGCCGGGGGGCGUUUGGCUGGACUCCGCUGUUGAUUGCUGCUAUGAAUGGUCAUGACACCGUGGUGGAGCGGCUUGUUUGCCAACGGAAGCUCGAGAUGAACUGUCGCGAUGAGCGACAGAUGACGCCGCUUUGUUGGGCUACUCGCAAUCAACACCGUGGUGUUGUAGGGCUGUUGUUGAAGCAUGGUGGUGUGGAAGUCCAGCCUGGAUUACCGCCGUCUCGCUGUCGGAUAUCGGUCCGGAUGAUCUUGAGGAGAUAUCUCUCUGUUUUGACUAGGAAUGCGCGGAUAUCGCACUCGAAAGCUUUGAAAUGAAUAUGGACAACAAAUGCAUGAUCGACUUUCCCUUAUGGUAUGAGUCUCACUGAGCAGCUGAAUAAUCCUCGUUGUUCACACUAACGAGCAAGGAUAGAUCAUGCAGCAUUGAUACGGGU